AUGCCGGUAGUCUGUCGACUGAGCCACAACUACCACGUAGUAGCGAGACACUCGCCACAAUUCAGUAGGUUGCCUCAAGUCAUCAGUCCACAAUUGGUUAUGGCUGAGGUCCAGUGUUGGCAUCAUUGCAUCAGCCACGGAUCAAGCGAUGUCAUGGCACGCGUCAGGUGGAGCGAUGGGGUGACGUAA